CACCCGCCGGUCACGCGGCCGAGGCAGGGUGACGUCACUGCGCCGUGCCGCCGGGCCAUGCAGGAAGUCAAGAGCGGGGGAGCCGAAUUCUGUUUAACAGCGAUCAUUAACUAAAAUCAUGGCAGCUGCCAGUAGUGAGGUGCACCAUCCUGUAGAUCCUGGAAUAUCAAAGCUGCAGUUUGCUCCUUUCAGUAGUGCCUUGGAUGCAGGAUUCUGGCAUGAACUAACACAGAAGAAACUCAAUGAGUACCGAUUGGAUGAGACCCCAAAAGUUAUCAAAGGAUACUACUACAAUGGUGAUCCUUUGGGUUUGCCAGCUCGCUUGACAUUGGAGUUUAGUGCCUUUGAUAUGAAUGCUUCAAUACCAGCACGUUGCUGUCCUGCUUUCGGAACAUUGUAUAAUACCAACACUUUUGAGACUUUCAAAUCCUGUGAUAAGAAAUCACUUCUGGAAAAAGAAGCAAAUGAGAUAUGGGAAUCCAUAAAAUCUGGAGCUGCUCUUGAAAACCCUCUGCUCUUGAACAGGUUCCUGCUGCUGACAUUCGCAGAUCUAAAAAAGUAUCAUUUCUAUUACUGGUUUUGCUACCCUGCUCUCUGCUUCCCUGAUGGAAUACAUAUAAUUCAGAAACCAGUGUGUCUUGGUGACAGAUUCACAUUAAGUCAGAUUCAAGCACUUCAGAAAGCAUAUGAUGAGCUUUGCCACAAAGAGGGGGUUACAGCUUUACCUUAUUUUUUAAUUAAGUAUCACGACAAUUCUGUCGUGAUAUCUCCACUGAAAAGGUGGGAUGGUUUCUUUCAAGACCAAGGGGGAAAGGUGGCAGUUGGAGUUUAUGAUCCAUGUAAUUUAUCCCACUAUCCAGGAUGGCCACUGAGAAAUUUCCUGAUCCUGGCAGCCCAUAAAUGGGGCAGCCUUCUCCAGUCAGUUGAAGUGCUCUGCUUCAGAGAUAGGACCAUGCAAGGGGUGAGAGACAUAACACACAGCAUUAUCUUUGAAAUAAAACUUCCAGAGAGAGCCCUUGGCCCAGAUUGUCCAAAAGCUGUUGGAUGGGAGAAAAACCAAAAGGGAGGCAUGGGUCCAAGGAUGGUGAAUCUCAGUGAAUGCAUGGAUCCAAAAAGGUUAGCAGAAUCAUCAGUGGAUCUUAAUUUGAAAUUGAUGUGCUGGCGGUUGGUGCCUACUCUUGAUUUGGAAAAAAUUGUGUCUGCCAAGUGUCUGCUGCUAGGAGCUGGUACACUGGGUUGUAGUGUUGCAAGGACUUUGAUGGGUUGGGGAGUCAGGAAGAUUACAUUUGUGGACAAUGCAAAGAUCUCUUACUCCAACCCAGUACGACAGCCACUGUAUGAGUUUGAAGACUGUCUUAGUGGGGGGAAGCCAAAGGCACUUGCAGCAGCAGACAGGCUACAGAAAAUCUUCCCAGGAGUGAGUUCAGAAGGCUAUAACAUGAGCAUCCCUAUGCCAGGCCACCCAGUGAAUUUUUCUGAAGUAACAAUGGCACAGGCUCGGAAGGACGUGGCUAAACUUGAAGAGCUGAUUGAUGCUCAUGAUGUUGUUUUCCUACUAAUGGACACUAGAGAGAGUCGAUGGCUUCCUGCUGUCAUUGCAGCCAGCAAGAGGAAGUUGGUCAUCAAUGCUGCAUUGGGAUUUGACACAUUUGUUGUUAUGAGACACGGGCUAAAGAAACCAAAACAGCAAGAAUCUGGUGAUUCAUGUUUCAACAAUGCCUCUGGUUCUUCUGAUCUUUUGGGAUCAUCACUCUUUUCAAAUAUCCCUGGCUAUAAACUGGGUUGCUACUUCUGCAAUGAUGUUGUGGCACCAGGGGAUUCCACCAGGGAUCGGACAUUGGAUCAGCAGUGCACAGUCAGUCGGCCUGGAUUAGCCAUGGUAGCUGGAGCUCUUGCAGUGGAAUUAAUGGUUUCUGUUUUACAACAUCCAGAAGGUGGUUAUGCUGUGGCCAGCAGUAGUGACGAUAGAAUGAAUGAGCCGCCUACUUCUCUUGGACUUGUUCCUCAUCAGAUCCGUGGAUUUUUAUCAAGAUUUGAUAAUGUUCUUCCAGUCAGCCUGGCAUUUGAUAAAUGCACAGCCUGUUCAACCAAAGUCCUUGACCAGUAUGAACGAGAAGGGUUUAAUUUCCUAGCUAAAGUUUUUAAUUCUUCACAUUCCUUCUUAGAAGACUUGACAGGUCUAACUUUAUUACACCAGGAGACACAGGCUGCUGAGAUCUGGGACAUGAGUGAUGAUGAAACAGUCUGAAAAUCAGCUGAAUAAGGUGGAAGAUGACCUACUUUGGACUGCAGUGCUGCCUUUUAUGUUAUUUGACAAGUUAAUGAUUGCUUACCCAUUCUGACUGCUACAAAUACAAACAAAUAUAAUCCACAUUUUGACAUUAAUAUCUUCACCUUGAAAGCAGUCUGUUAUGGAUAUAACUCUCGACAUUUUCAUUUUUAUUAUGUAAAUAACUAAAGCAAUGUGGUUAUGUUUAAAUGUAAUCUUUUUUUUUUUAGUUUCUAAAUAUGGCUUACAUAUAAAAUAUGCUGCUUAAGUAAACUUUGGUGUUUUAUUCAUCCCAGUUUUUAUUUUACUUGUCAAUGGACAUGUCCAAGCAGCAUGUCUGAAUGUCUUUUUUCAUCUUUCCCAGAUUUCUGCCCCUUUAGUUGGAAUUUAUUGUUAAGAUUGAGAAUAUUCUACUAUUGGGAGUUAAACUGCAUCUUUAAAGGAGAGCAGGAGUAGGUAAGAACCUACACCUACUGCCUACACCACAUUGCUUGCUGUUUCAAAGUACAUAUUUAUAGUAAGUUGAUUUGUUCUUGCCUGUGUCAAUGGAGAUGUUAUUCUCUGUAAAGAUCUCAUAAUUUCAUGCUAUGGAAGAAACGUGGUUUGAUUUAUUUUUACACAGUAGAGACCAAAAUGCAUUGGUAUCAUGAUUAGGCUGCCCUGAAGUUUAGAGAAGGCUCUGAUAUGUAGUAAAAAUUGCUUUGGGGGUUGGAUCACUGAUUCAGCCAAAACUUGUAGAGAAGUGCUUAACUGAAAGAAGAAAUUGGUUCUCUAACUUUGCUAUUCUUGGAUGCUGUCAUGCGGUACUUUACAGCUGUUAAAAAAGAACAAUUCUGAUUUUCAUUUUGGUUGGAUUUUAAGUUUUUCAAUUUUUGCAGCAUCAGGAAUGGCUUCAGAGAUUAUGGCUGAGCACAAACAGUAGUUUGAGAAUCCUUGAGUUUAAAAGAUAACUUGAGAAAAAAGGAUUUGUAAAAUAUCAAAGUACUUUACUACAAAAUUGAAAGUGAAUCUAUUGGGUUUUAUCUUGGAAUAGGUUUUAGAAGUAUAUUUUAAAUCCCUUUUAUGGCUUUAUAUUGUGGGGAUUAUGGACUAAGUCACUCAGAAAAAAUGCAAAUUGCUUUAUCUGUCAGGUAGCCUUUAUUUCCCAUAUAUAUUAUAAAAAUUAUUUGGUCAACCCAAUUAUUUGAGUUCCUUCCUUAACAUAAGCUCUGAAUAUUUGGUGUAGAUAAUUUCACAGCUGCUCUGCUUCUCUCUUAUGCCGCAUCAGAAGAAGUUCUGUCAGAUCAAAUUUGUCUAAAAAUAAGAAUAUCUGCAAUUCCCAUAUUCUGAUCAUAAAAGAUUUAUUGAAACAUGCUGAGGUUUGCAUCAAGUGUCUAAAAUAGCUAUUAUUUCUAUUUAUUUUAACUAUCAUAUUCAUUGUAUUUAUGUGAUUGCUUAAGUAGCCUUAAGGGAAUGUCUUGUUUAGCAACUUCAUUGUAAUAUAAAAAUAUAUAUGAAUGAAAUAUAUUUUUUUGAAAGACUAGUAAUCACAGGAAAACUGAUCCUUUGGUGGUCGGGCAAUGAACAAUAAGAUUGAUAACAUGCCAUGUCCAUUUUAAGCAGUUUGUUAAUGUACGUAAUUACUUAAUGAGCUCAAAUGAUCUCCAUUUUGUUAGCCAUGCCGUAGUCCAACCGGAAUCAUGAAUAAGUACCAGGGUAGUUUAAAGGGAAUGAUCUGCACUUUUAUCUUUUGGAGUUGCUGAUCAUGGAGUGUAAAACUCUAUUUGCAGGCUUUGGCUAUCUAAAACUUGAAAACUAGACAUCUUUCUGAAAUCUGUUAAACAUUAAUAAUUAUUUUAAAUAGCUGAAACUCUGCUUAUCCUGUUAAAGUUACAUUGUAGCUUUACAUUGAAAGUAUCUACUUAACUGCAAAAGUAUACAAGAUCGAAAGGUUCAAAACUCAGGGUUAAUAUAAUGUUUCCUUACCUCUGUAAUUUCAGUAACAUACAACUCUCUCAGGCUGAGCUGUUUCCUGUACAUAUGCUUCCCAGAUGUCUCUGAUGUUCAGAAACACUUCAGUUUGACUUGGAAUAACUUCCGUUGUCUAACUGUAAUGUUGUUUUCUUUCUCCUUACGGACCAGAAUUGUUCUUAGUUUGCUUUUACUCAAUUUCUAGGCAUUUACUGAGUGAGGAAUCCUGAGAAUCCGUUCAAAUGAAUGAAUGCACAUUCAAAUACUAUUAACAGAUAAACACAUUUAUUUACUGGCUCGUAUGCACUUAAUGGCAGGAUUUCGGCACAGUCCUCAGCUCCAGUUAUUGCUGUUUAAUGGAACAAGCUAAACUUUAACUUUCUUCAUAAAGGAGAGCACCUGGAUUAACUGUUUUAAAAGACAGAAAUACUGCACUAGAAGGACUUUGGACUGUCCCAGUCUGGCAAUGUGUAAAUUCCUAACCUAUGAAAAAACCUACGUACCUACGUACCUGUCCCAUUUCAGUUCCAGCUUGCUUUCCCUUGCAGCUGCCUGGACCUUCUCCAGAACCCUAACUGUUUAAAAAUACUGUGGCAUGGCACAGGUAAUGCUUUAGGUUUGAAAUUAAUACACUUUCCCUCUCUAUUAGCACUUCAGCUAUCCAGUUUCAUAAUUUCUAACAAGUUCAUUUUCUCAUCUGUGCAGCACUUGACAGGUUUUUAAAUUAAAAACCCUAACAAUUUGUUGACAGUGUUUUCUUUCUCCUUUUACUUUUAUUGAUAGCCUUUCUUCCAUUACCACUGAUAAUAGUGACUCUUCAUAGUGAGCAGUGAUUGACAAAUGGACAGACCGCAGGACUCCUUGCUUUGUGUUAGCUCUACUCCUAGGUUACACAGAGACGUUAAUACUCCCCGCUUUUUUUUCUUAAACUUUUAUUUAAUUCCUCAGCUGUGAAAUGUAUGGAAAUUGGGUUUAUGUACUUGGUGAAGAAUAUCUAUUUUUUUUUAUUCUCAGUUAUCGUGGGUCAAAGAAACUGGUCUGUUGCUCCAACCCAUUGUUUUGCUGAGGUAUUGUUGACUAUUGUUUGAUGUCAUGUAGUGUUAACCAAAUAGGCUGUGGCUUGGGCUAAUUUGUAGCCACUUUUCUCUUAAGUACAGUAGCUGAAAUUCAGCAAUCCAUAUUCUUCCACCAGCCAGUGACUGGUGUUUUGUCCAGGUUGUAAUGAAGUCUUUGGAGUGAGUCACUUGAGGAUUAUUUUAACCUGGCUGAGGAAAUUGGCACUGUAGAAGGGAAACUGAAGCUACUCCCAAAAGAAUUAAUAGCAAUAAGCUUGAGUAGCAACAAUGUUAAGUACCUUAAGGUAUUCUGUAUCUUAGGGCAGCAAUUUUUUCACCUAAUUUCCCAGUUCAAAUGAUCUCACCCCAGGAUAAGGAUGCAGCUGAGUACUCCAACCAUAUAUAAUUUCAAGUUCUAAUUGUUGCCCUCAAUAAUCGACAAUAUUGUCUGCCUGUUGCGACUUAACUAUAGCAUUUUUUCAAAUCUGGUGAAAUUAUUUAGGACAUUCUUUGAAAAGAUUUUCAGAACCCAUAAGCUGUUUGUCUGAACUUUGCAAAUGAAAUAGCAUGGUUUCUUUCUGUUUAAUCAGGCCAGUACUCCCUUGCCAUUGUAGCUUCUUGCAGGAGCUUCCCUGGGCUUGGGGAUAAAAAGGGGCAGUCAGGAGUUCUAAAAACAAACAUGUUAUGUUUCCUGGCUGGCAUGGAGUACACACUGCCUUUCCAUCUACUAUAGCAGUCUAAAUGCCUGUUUCCUCUUGUUCUUUGAAUAGUUGUUUAUAUAGGACAUUGAUAUAAAGUACAAUAGAUUGCCUCUGGAGUGAAGGUCACAUGCACACGUGCAUUUCAUUUUAAAUGCUAAAGAUUUCAAAUUACUUUUUAACAAAGUAUUUUAGUAAGCUAACAGGAAAAGACAGAAGCAUAUGUAUAGUGCUGUGCUGCUGCAAAUCAAAAGCACAAUUUUUUAAAAAUGAUUCUUUGUAACUUCUCUCCUUUCCCAUACAGUUAGUUUCUGUUCUUACGUUCUUUGGCUGUGGAUUGCUGCUUCAGUAGUCUUUGAGCAUCCAAAAAUUUAGGCUUGUGUGUGACUUCAGUUUGCUUUUUGGCACCAGGACAUUUGAUUUUUGUAAGAUCUCAGCAGAAUGAGUCAUUGUUUGAUUUGUUAGUGAAAUACCAUUAUGCACUACAUAAAUAAGAAAAGAGAGGCAUUAUUGUGGUUUCAUUCUUAUGGAGGAGGUCAGUAGUGUUUUUUCCUCAAUUUCUCUUUUGGUCUAAUGUGUGCACCCUCUUAAGAAACUGCAGUUGAUGCAUCCCUGCGAGGCAGUGCUGCAGGCGUCUGGUGCAUUUGAAAGGCAAGCUGGCAUCUCAUUUCUGGAAUGAUUUUACUUUCUAAAUCAAAACCAGUAUGGGCUAAAACUGGGCAAAGAAAUGCUGCUAAAAUUGUUUCCACAUCAUGUCAAUAGCCUUGGAAGAAAGGUGAGGGCCGUGGAGGUUCCAAGUCUGGCCCACUCUGAAUGCAUUUGAACUCUAGUUUUUGACAGCUAGUAAAUUGGUGUCCUCCCCCGCUCUUUUCUCUCCCCAUGAAUAUCUCCUCCCCACCCCCAGUGCUCGGUGCCUCACUGGUAAGGGAGCGAUGUGGAUGAACAAGCAAAUUAAUUUCUAGUGACAGACUUCUUUCAAAUUAGUGUAAGAAGUGAGGAAGUCUAUAAAGUAGGUAUGAUUUUGCUUAGGGGUUUUGCUUUGUCUUUAAGUGUCUUUAUUUUCAUUUCAUGCUUCAAAGUCUGACUUUUAUACAGUAAUUCUGUAGGUGUUACCACUUCCUCAGGAACCUGUGACUCAGGCAACGUAUAAAUGAAAUGACAUCACCAGCAACUCUUGCUUGAAUUGCUUGUUUCCUAAAUAGGGGCUGUUGUUUUUUCUUUUAAUACUUGCAGCUUUGUUUGGGUUUUUUUUUGGUUGGUUUUUUUUGUUUGUCUGGUUGGGGUUUUUUUUUGUGAGGGGGGAGGGGUUGAGGGCUUUUAAUUAUCUAAGGCAGCUUUGCCAUUAUGAGUAACCACACUGUAUGUGUUUUAUCCUUUUGAAUCGUUGAGAUCACCAAUAUUGAAGUUUACUUAAAAUAGGAGAUCCACAUUUCUACGCAAGCUAUUCAUGAAUGAAAUAAUUGUAGUUAGGCCUUAGUAGAGGUUCUGUUGUUAUAAAGCAUUCUUAGUUCACUCCUGAUCUGUGGAGGGAGGGGGACGGCGGGGAGGGGAAGGAAAAGAUCUGAGCAUUAUUUUCCAUUAUUAUUUUGGAAGUAAUGCAAACAAAAGAAAUGUGUUUUCAUACUACCAGGCAGUUUUAAUGGAUCUCCCUCACUGCUCUCAAUAGCGUGUAUUUGCACCUCAGGAGAUUCUUGGUAGAUUUCAGUGUUUCCUUUCCUGCAGCCCAUACUUUUCAAUGAUAAGGCUAUGUAUAAAUACACGGUUGAAAUAGGAGGAGCCGGAGUAAAGUUUGCUUCUUGGCAGAGUGUCUCCAAAGCUGGCAGGAGCAGUCAUUGCAGCAGGUAGGCAUGGUACGGGGGACGGGCAGCCGCUGCAUCUGCAUUGCUUGCUUGGACAAAACCCCCAGUGAUGUCACUGCAGGAGCUGGCUCGUCAACUGUUGUUAAAAGUCAUGUCAGGAAUUCUUGUCAUCAAAGGAAUGUGACAAGUUGGAUGUCUGUCUAGGUCAUUUAUUCAUAGUGCUCAUGGACAGGCUAUAAAAGUGUUGUGUUUAUUUAUUAUUGUCAUGAGCAAAGGAUCACUGUCCUUUUGUUUAAAUAGUAGCAGUUUUGGAACUCUAUAGAAAUUAGUGCUUUUGAUUGUAUGGGUUCUCACUGAGCAGGCAGUACCACUGUGGUUGCACUUUAAAGGAAAACUCCAAGUCGAUGUAUUCAGGGAGGUGGUAUCAGUGACUACCAUAGGUAAUGGUCUUGCUUCCAUUAUGUCAAUCCAUGUCAAACUUUGGCACUAUUAAGAACCAUAUAAUUAAAGUUAUUUUUCAGAUGACACACUAAACCAAAGUCCUAAAAAAAGGAUUUGUAUCUCUUUUUGGUUUCUUUCUGAUAAUUUUUUUUUCUUUAGUUUAUUUCAUCCUACCUUCCUAAAGUUGUUCAGCUUCCUUUGGAUCCUUCAUUUUCUAAAUUACCCUUGUGCAGGGGUCAUGCAUGCUUUUAAUGAAAAACUUAUUCAAGUUCCACCCAAGGGCUAUUAGAGCAAUAGCUGUAUAUUGUUACUGGUACUAAGUUGGGAAUGCUUUGAGAUGAUAGAUGGUGUAAGUGUAAUAACAUUACAAUUAUUUGGUCACACAGAUAUAAAGACAAUCUUCCCCUACUUAGAUUGUUUACUAUUGUAUGUCUCUUGCAUGCAGUUAGUAUUUGUGAUUUUCUCUAGGGCAGUAGUUAGGAGUGAGUGAGCUACACAUACUCUGCCCUGCAGGGCAGCAGCUGAUGUAUAGAUGCAGCUAGAUCAGUCUCACCAACUGCCCGAUACGCUUAUGUGACUAGUGCUCUCAGAAGUCCUGGGGGAAGGCAUUUCAAUUACUUGCUAACUACAUUUUGUUGAAUAGGAAUUCAGUAGUGUUUAGCAGUCAAAUAUGACAAACUUAAGAUAGGCUUCUUUGUAACCACACUCUGAUUUGCAAGGGAGAAACAGGGAGCAAGUCAACUGGUGUGUGUCCAGUGUUUCCCUGUUGCUGGAGAUAUUCUGGUUUCAUUUCCAACAAUGAUAGUAUCCGUUACUUAAUUUAGCUUCCUGUUGUUAGUAUUUGGAAAUGUCAUUAAAGAUUCCGAUAGAUAACAACAAGUUAUCCACUGCUUAAAAAUCAGCUAGGAACAGAGAAUAACAACAUACCUGUUGAUCUGAGAUACUGGAAAAGAAUGGAAAAGAACGUGAUUUAAAUGCCACUGGAGUGUCAGGAGGGAGCUGACACUUAUGCCACAAGGACAUGCAGCAGAACGUUGUUUCAGAAUUUGACCAAAUUACUGCUUUUAAAUUAUUUUGUUGCUAUAGUAGUGGGUGAUUGUGGCUUCAGAAAUUUUCUAAGCCAAAAUGUUAUGUUCCAGCUUUCACAGUUUGGAGAUUAAUGUAAUUAAUUAUUGUGAUUUUUUAAAAAGACUGCUUAUUUAGAGCAACUUUGUCCUCUCCAUAAUAGUCAUAGACAUGGGAAGAUGGAUUGAGGCAGAACACAUGGGCUGUACCACAGACCUCCAGUGAAGCCAAAGAAAGUCACAUCAUCUCCGCCUCCCAUCCGUUGUCUGAGCUUUGUUCCGUAGAGUCUCUUGUGCUGAAACUAAAGGUUUGGAUUCAUUUGCAAAAGGAAGGUGUGCAUUGACUUUGGUAAUGGAACAGAAGAAUUAAGAAGCAAGAAGCAAAUGGAAGAUAUGAAGGGGCAGAAGAAAAGCAGAAAUGCCAGAAGAAGAGGAACCUGGAAGAGAGCCAGGAAAGACAGCUAUAAAGAGAUUGGCUUCCUGUUUGAGGCUUUAGGAGCAGUGGAUCAAGGAUGCCCCAGUUUGGGAGCUUUCCCAUCAGAGGUGGCCGCGGCUCGCCUGCGGGAAUUACCCGGUGUCCCGUGCCGGCUGCGAGGUGGGAAGCCAAGGUGAUAUCCACGACUGCUUGUACGUCAGCAGUGUUGAGAGGGGUGCUGUUGUCAGAUGAGGACGGAGGCUGCCUUCAGUACGACGUUGUCCACUUCUAGCACCAGAGGAAGGAGCAACACGGGGGGAGCUCGUAGAGGGAAUAGUCUGGCAUUCUGGCACCGGUCCCACUGCGUCUCUCUUCAGGGUGCGUACACUGCUCUCAUUCGAAGGGCUGUAUCUGGAGAGCUGCUGCUCUUGUUUCUCUCUGAGAUGAGUGUUGUCCAUGUUAAGCCUAAACCGUGUUUGGAGACUUUAAUGAUGGUCUCAGUGGAGCAUCUGGUCCCCUUCAUGAAUGCUACCAUGCUGGUCCAGCAAGAAGUCAAUAUUUACUGGUGUGGAAGUUCCGGAGGAGAGAGAAAAUCCUGUGAGUGAAGUUCAGGAAUAUUGAGCACGUCAGCAGAGAGGCCGCGUGCUUUCCCCAAGACGGUGACGUUUCCCUGUCUCGGCCGCGGGCGUGCGUGCAGAGCGGCCUGCAGAGGGGUCCCGCUAGCAGAGUAGUUGGUGCUCUGCUCUGCUCACUGGAACUCGCCUUUGUACAGUUGUGGGUUUCUGUAAAUGUGAUGAUCAGAUUUGCCGAGCAGAAUAAUUUGAAACUUUUCUGCAAAUAAAAACCAAACCUGAUGCCAAGCUCACCAGUUAGUCUAGAGUAAACGUGGACAAACACUGAGGAAGUGCAUCGCCUGAUUAGGAUUGUUUGGCGGAAGACCGAACACUUAGGAAUUCAAACUCUAGUUUUGAACUAAAAGCUCCAGAACUCCACGGAAGAUUCCCAGCUGUUGCAAGGUGCUCCUUCUACCAUUUUUAUGUCAGAUAAAACGUACCAGGGACCAGAUUUGUCCUUGGAGUUUUAAUUAAAAAUAAAGCUUAGUUUAUUGUCUUGCAAUUUAACCACUGUUUUUGCAAUGACUAUGCUACGCUGGCCUUGGUGGUCUCCCGCAGCUUGCUUUCAGCCUGUGCUGAGGGUGUUAUUAAGACACCUGAGUUUGCUGUAAACUAUUAAAUGUCUCAGAGAAAACCUGAAAUGAGAGAAUUGGAGAAAGAAGAAGUGGUGUCUGCGGCUCUAGGUCAAAGAUGAAAUGACUUGCUCUCCCCUCAUCUUUUCUCCAGAAGUGACUGGUUAGUGACAGUGUCCCCCUGGGACACCGGUUGGGCAGGCUUAGGCUUGAACGCACUCAGAACUUCGCUACAGUCAAGGUGGUUUCAAGACUGAAGGUCGAGCACCAGUGGGAAGGCCACGUACUGAAGUGGUUAUAUUGCUGGUUUUGCCGUACACGCAGAGGUAGGUAAUACCUCCCCAGGUCUGCUGGUCUCUUUCAACGCUUGUGCCCUGCUGCUGGAGAAAAAACCCCGUAUGUGUAUUAAAUGUCACUCUUGGUGAGGAGUGCUGCCUCCGGGAGCCUCCCAGCACCUCCCUUGGGUGUAAAAGCCAUCGAAAAGCCUCGCUACCCCAGGAGGUGACCGUACUCCUGCGACAGAGCACACGCUCUGAGGAGCUCUCCCUCGUGCACCUCUGGAGACACGUAGUGCUGCUGCCUUGUGUGCUGUGACAGGAGAGCACCGGGGGAAAAGAGGCGAGCUGUCUCUGAAGAACAAGGCAGCUGCUGUACAUGGCCGCUGUGGAGCUAUAGGGUAUCACGUUAAGCAACGUGACAUAUUGGCGCGUUCAUUCACACAGCCAUUGUGGAUCACCUCUUUUGUAACGUGAAACAAGGCCACAAAAGAAUGGUAUAUUACAGAUUU